AUGCGUGAGAUUGUUCACCUUCAGACCGGUCAGUGCGGUAACCAAAUUGGUGCUGCCUUCUGGCAAACCAUCUCUGGCGAGCACGGUCUCGACAGCAAUGGAGUCUACAACGGUACCUCCGAGCUCCAGCUCGAGCGCAUGAGUGUCUACUUCAAUGAGGCUUCCGGCAACAAGUACGUCCCUCGUGCCGUUCUCGUCGAUCUCGAGCCUGGUACCAUGGAUGCCGUCCGCGCCGGUCCCUUCGGUCAGCUUUUCCGCCCUGACAACUUCGUCUUCGGUCAGUCCGGUGCUGGCAACAACUGGGCCAAGGGUCACUACACUGAGGGUGCUGAGCUCGUCGACCAGGUCCUCGAUGUCGUCCGCCGCGAGGCCGAGGCUUGCGACUGCCUCCAGGGUUUCCAGAUCACCCACUCCCUGGGUGGUGGUACUGGUGCCGGUAUGGGUACCCUGUUGAUCUCCAAGAUCCGCGAGGAGUUCCCCGACCGCAUGAUGGCUACCUUCUCCGUCGUGCCCUCCCCCAAGGUCUCUGACACCGUCGUCGAGCCCUACAACGCCACCCUCUCCGUCCACCAGCUGGUCGAGAACUCGGACGAGACCUUCUGCAUUGACAACGAGGCUCUCUACGACAUCUGCAUGCGUACCCUGAAGCUGUCCAACCCCUCGUACGGUGACCUGAACCACCUGGUCUCCGCCGUCAUGUCCGGCGUGUCGACCUCGCUCCGAUUCCCCGGUCAGCUCAACUCUGACCUGCGCAAGCUGGCAGUCAACAUGGUGCCCUUCCCUCGUCUGCACUUCUUCAUGGUUGGCUUUGCUCCUCUGACCAGCCGUGGCGCUCACUCUUUCCGUGCCGUCACCGUUCCCGAGUUGACUCAGCAGAUGUUCGACCCCAAGAACAUGAUGGCUGCUUCUGACUUCCGCAACGGUCGCUACCUGACCUGCUCUGCCAUCUUCCGUGGUAAGGUUUCCAUGAAGGAGGUCGAGGACCAGAUGCGCAACGUCCAGAACAAGAACUCCUCUUACUUUGUUGAGUGGAUCCCCAACAACGUGCAGACCGCUCUCUGCUCCAUUCCUCCCCGCGGCCUUAAGAUGUCGUCGACCUUCGUCGGAAACUCGACCGCUAUCCAGGAGCUGUUCAAGCGUAUCGGCGAGCAGUUCACUGCCAUGUUCCGUCGCAAGGCUUUCUUGCAUUGGUACACUGGUGAGGGUAUGGACGAGAUGGAGUUCACUGAGGCUGAGUCCAAUAUGAACGACUUGGUCAGCGAAUACCAGCAGUACCAGGAUGCCGGUGUCGAUGAGGAGGAGGAGGAGUACGAGGAGGAGCCUCUGCCCGAGGACGAGUAA